GUUUAAAUAUAUGUGCUUUUUGUUCUUCUUUUAAAUAAACGCAAUAGUUAAUAAAUGUUUCCCCCCUUCAGCAGUAGUGGUAGCGUCUGAGCGAUACACUUGUUAAAGGUCUGCUCCAGGCAGGCUGCGGGUUGUGUGUGAUCCGCGUUGUGGUGGAGGUGGACAGCGUGCUCCUGAAUACAACUCAGCACUAGCAACUAUUUCGCAUCAUUUUAUAAUUGGUUAUAACUCCGGCGUCGACCAUGAAGACAAUCAUUGCAGCGUAUUCUGGCGUGUUACGAGGUACUGGAGCCAAUUUUCUGUCUGCCAUCCAGGAUUUGCCUUCGGUUCCCUGGCCCUCCAAGUCGAAGGUGGAGAAGCAGCUGCAGAUUAUCUCUGUGAUGCAGUGGGUCCUUUCCUUCCUCGUAAUGGGUGCUGUGUGCACUGUGGGCCUCCUGUACCUGUUCUUCACUGACUGCUGGCUCAUUGCUGCCUUGUACAUUGCUUGGCUGGUCUUCGACUGGAAUACUCCAAGACAAGGAGGAAGGAGGUCAUCUUGGGUCAGAAACUGGACCGUCUGGAAAUACUUCAGAGAUUACUUUCCCAUCAGACUCAUUAAAACCCACACCCUGCUGCCCAGCCGGAAUUACAUUUUCGGGUACCACCCGCACGGGAUCUUCUGCUUCGGAGCCUUCUGUAACUUCGGGACGGAAGCAACUGGGUUCUCCAAGAAGUUCCCUGGGAUCUGCCCUCACCUGGCAACCCUGGCUGGGAACUUCAGAUUGCCCCUCCUCCGGGACUACCUCAUGUCUGCAGGUAUUUGUCCUGUGAAUCGCAAUUCCAUGGACUAUCUCCUGUCCCACAAUGGAACUGGGAAUGCUGUGGUGAUUGUUGUGGGAGGAGCGGCGGAAUCCCUGGAGUGCGUUCCUGGGAAGCACUCGGUCACUCUGAAAAACCGCAAAGGGUUUGUGAAGCUGGCCUUGCAGCAAGGUGCUGAUCUGGUCCCUGUGUAUUCGUUUGGGGAGAAUGAAGUGUACAAGCAGAUCAUCUUCGAGGAGGGCUCUUGGGGGAGGUAUCUGCAGAGGAAGUUCCAGAAGCUCAUGGGUUUCGCUCCCUGCUUCUUUCACGGCUGUGGGAUAUUCUCGACCAACAGCUGGGGAAUGGUGCCCUACAGCAAAGACAUCAACACUGUCGUUGGAGAACCUAUCACAGUCCCAAAGAUAGAAAGCCCAAGCCAGGAUGAAGUGGACCUUUACCAUGACAUGUACGUGCAGAGCCUCCUCAAACUCUUUGACAGAUACAAGGUGAAGUUUGGUCUGCUGGAGACAGACACCCUGGCUUUGCACUAGAACAUCUCCGGCUCUGGAGCGUCUCCCGGAGCUGCUGAGGAUUGGACCCUGCUCUGUACCUUCUUAACCCUUUCAGUCCUGUAUUAGCACCACAUGUUAACAUGUGCUGUCAGCGAUCAUGUAGGAACCUCACGGGACUCCCGGGACCCAGUCUGAGAGGGGAGGGGGGAGGGUGAAAUGGUCCUGUUCUCAUGUAUGCUCAAAGGAGUUUAUUCAUCGGCUCCACAAAUACUUCAGGACUGAAAGGGUUAAAAUGUAUUGGAUUGUACCAAAAACAGGAGAACCGAAAUCAGCUUGAUCGCUCGACAGAAAAUCAUUCCAAGCCUGGAGUAUCUGAAUGCUUCUGUACAGUACUAUUGAGUAGCCUACAUUGUUUCAAACCGUGCUUCAGGGGGGGUUUAAGCACUUUUUUUUUUUUUUUUAAAUAUGCUCACAACUUAAUCCUGUAAUAAUCCCAUUUUACCAUUUUAAGUAGCAUAAAGCUUUAAAUGCACAAGCAAUGCAAUUGGAAGGGUUUCAUCCCAUGAGGUAGCGCCUGUGGGCUCACAAACCUGAGAGGUGUAGGUGGAUAAGCGCUUGUAUUUCACACUUUUCUUGGUGAUUUUCUGUUGCUGUUAAUCUACAAUGGUAUGUAUGAGAGGGAAUUUCGUUGGUUUCAGUAUUAGAAGAAAAAAAGUUUUUUUCGAAAGUGUGAUCGUAAUGGAAAGUGAGCAGAAAUGCAAUUGUGAAUAAUGCCUAUCAAGAAGAGAAGAUGGAGGAGAUUGAUUUGUGUGAGAUUCACGAUGUAAUUCCAAAAGUCUUUUGAAUGUGUAGAAUUAUGGGCUGGGAGGCGAUUUAAAUGUUCGUAUUAUAUAAAUGUUUACACGUGUUUUAAACUGAUUUGUUUUAUGUACAGUUUAAUUCUAGAUUUUGCACUAUAUCCGCAUGUUAAACCAACGUGCCUUUCUCGUCUGUACACCGUACCUUCAAGAGUGUGAAUGCAUCCCGUGGACUCAUUUACUGAUACACUAUGAAAAGUGCCUUUUAAGUGCUCUUUCUGUGCAGUCUUCUACCAUAUAAAUGACAGUGUUUAAAAUGUUUUGUAUGUUUUUGACUUGAAAAUAAAUGUGUAAAUGUUG